CGCGUUUAAGACACAGUACGGACAUUUUGAGUGGGUCGUCAUGCCUUUUGGACUCACCAACGCCCCGACGACUUUUCAAGCAACGAUGACCAAUGAGUUUCGUGCAAUGUUAGACCGGUUCGUGCUGGUCUACUUAGACGACAUCCUCGUCUAUAGCCGAACCUUGGAGGAACACCUCGAGCAUCUUCGACGAGUGCUGGAGACGCUCCGUCGCACCAAGUACAAAGCCAACCGUGACAAGUGCGAGUUCGUACGUCAAGAGUUGGAAUAUUUGGACCAUUUCGUCACUCCACAAGGCAUCAAUCCGUUGUCAGACAAGAUUCAAGCCAUCCAAGAUUGGCCGGAACCGUGGAACGUCACGGAUGUCCGUUCGUUCCUUGGCCUUGCCAGCUACUACCAACAUUUCAUCAAAGGAUACUCGAAGAUUGCGGCCCACUUAUCCAAGCUUCAAUCGGAGGACCGACCAUUUGACUUCGGGACGGAUGCGCGGGGAUCAUUUUUGGCCCUUAAGGCCGCAUUGCUAUCAGCGGAAGUCUUGCGAAUAUACGACCCGCAAUUGCCAACGCGCGUCACCUCGGAUGCGUCCGGCUAUGGCAUUGGUGCUGUCCUCGAACAACAUGAUGGCGUGGACUGGCACCCGGUCGAAUACUUCAGCAAGAAAGUGUCGGUCGUGCAUUCAAUCGAUGAUGCACGCAAGAAGGAACUUCUCGCCUUCGUUCACGCACUCAAGUGGUGGCGGCACUUCCUCAUUGGUCGACGCCAGUUCCGAUGGGUAACGGACAACAAUCCGUUGGUCUUUUACAAGACCCAAGACACCGUCAACCGCACAAUCGCCCGUUGGAUGACGUUCAUCGACCAGUUCGACUUCUUUCCCGAUCAUAUUCCGGGGAAGUCAAACCGCUUCGCGGAUGCUCUUUCACGGCGCCCGGAUCAGUGCACCGCCGUCUACUCGACCUUCGAGAUAGAGGAUGACUUGCGGGACAUUUUCAUCCGCGGCUAUCAAGCCGACCCCGAAUUUCGCGACAAGGAAGCGAUUGCUAUGGACAUUACCGGGCCGUUCCCCAAGCACAAGACAGGCGUGGAUGGGAUUCUCACGGUGGUUGACCGACUCACCAAGUUCGCCAUGUUUUUGCCUUGCCGCUAUCACGCCAAGGCACCGGAGUUGGCUGAGGUUACAGAGAUUGUGACCGCCACAGGGGCCACGGCCUACCGGGACAAACCUGGAGGGCCCUAUUCACUUCGCUGGGACCGUAGGAACAACGAUCCCUGGAGGAAUGUCGAGGAUAGAAAUCCUCGGACGCUGACUGAUUAUCGUACGAGGGGAAGAGAGAGAGACGAUGAAUCAUGGCGACGUAGGGACGAUGAGAUAGACCGAGACCGCAGACAACGCGAGUUGUUUGUGCGAGCAAGGAGGCUAGAUGAUUACCCGCGAAGCCCUCGCUAUGAGGCCGAUCGGGGUAGUGGCGACUCCCGCGGCCGAUGGGAGACAGAACAGGGCCGACGAGAUGGAUAUAGGGACGACAGAUACGAGAGAUCGGACCGAGAUGGAUAUAGGGACGAAAGAUACGAGAGGUCGGGUCGAGAUGGCUACAGAGGAAGUAGAUAUGAGAGAGGAGAUCGGUGGGAACAACAAGAUGGGUCGCGCGGACGGUUUGAGCGCGGGGGAGAGGCGAGAGAGCAGCGCGACGAGUCGCGGGGAUGGUACAACCGAGGGGACCGACGCGAUGAGUCACGAGGACGAUAUGGCUCGGGGACCGCCAGAAUGAUUCACAAGGGCGGUAUGAGCAAGGAGGGUCUGGAGGAGACCGCCGCAACGAUUCGCGCGGACGGAAUGAGAGAGGGGGGAUAUGGCGUCUCAUCAGAACCAUAUCCUAAGUCGCCUGACCCCAAGGCGGCCAGGAGUUUGACUUCUAGAGGCGCAGACGAUAGGUCAUCUACUCCCAGGAACUCAUGCGUCUAUUGUAGAGGAGAAGAUCAUAUCAAGAUGGAUUGCCCGGACCUCAAACGGGCAAUAGAUGAGGGACUUGUCGUGCUUGACGACCGCAAGUACGUCAAGUGGGCAGAUGAUCUAGGAGUUGUAUCGAUGUUCCCUUCGAUGAAGGAGAAUGUCGAAGCAAGGAGAAUAGAGACGAGUAAAGGAAUGGAGCCGGUCAGGAGCCUGAGCAUCAAGAUAACCUUUGAGGGGGAUAUCGCGACCACACCUAUAAGGGUGGCAGCCACCAAGUCGGCAAGAGGGUCUACAUCGAAGAAGACUGACACGGAUUACGAGAUGGCGGAGAAGGACGGGCAGCGGGUCGAUGGAGCGGAGGUUAUCCUUUCGCCGCGAAAGCGGGGAGUGAAGAAGUUCUUAAUGAAGAGUUCGCUGGACGAGAUUGACACGGUCGAGCCACUGAGGCGGGCCCUUCGGCAACCAAUGCAGUGCUCUAUUCUGGAGUACCUGGCGGCAUUGAAGCCGGCUCGUGAUGAAUUACAGAUGAUCACGCGGAAGACUCGCAUACCUCUAUCAGAGGAGGGUCAGGGGGCCCCUAAAGCAGAAGCUUCUACAGUAGUAGUAACGGGGGGGACUGUCAGAGUGGAUCGCAUGGCGACAGUCCUUCUCGAUGAGAUGGAAGGUGUGCCUCCAGACAAGUUUUAUAUACUUGGUAACGGGGCCGUGGAGACGAUUAUAAACGAUGGAGCGAUACUCGAUGCUGUGAUUGAUAACGGCAGUGAGGCUGUCAUCAUAGACGAGGACCUGGCAGUACAAGUUGGACUGAGCCUCGAUAGGUCAUACCUAUUCGAGAUAGAGACGACUGAUGGGAGAAAGCAACAGAUCACUGGGGUUUGUCACAAGAGCCGAAACGUGCCGAAAGAUUUCUAGUUAAUCUUUACGAGGGCAAGUACCGA